AUGGCGCCCAAAGGAGAACCGCCAUCCAUCCCCCUCUUUGCCUCCACCCAGCUCGCCCUCCUCUCCAAUGAGCUCGCCGCCGACCUGGCUCAGACCUCGACGCUGCUCGCCUCCCACGCGCCCGCGACCCUGCAGCGCGCCGGCCUCGCCCUGACCUCCCUCCUGCCGCAGGCCCGCCGCACCGGCCCCGGAGCCCGCACCCUUCUCGAGCUCGCCCCCGACCCGGCCACCGCCACGACGCAGGAUCUGCCCGAGCACGGACUGCGGCCUGGGGACAUUGUCCUCGUCGCCGAGCAGCCGGCCGGCGCGGCCCAAGAAGAGGGAGCUCAGGGAGCUCGAGGCCAAGGGCGGCAGGGCCGUCGUGGCGAGGGUGCGGAGGGACUGGCGGAUGAGGUCACGUACAAACGGAUGAACCAAACCAUGGAGAAGCUGCAAAAGAUGCCCGAGGCCGAGUACUCGAGUUUCAUGCGCGUGCUCUUCGGAUUGUCCAGCCCGUCUCCCACACCAGUGGACCUCGCGGCAGACGGGGAUUUCGGCAAGCUCGAAUGGGUCGAUCCAUCUCUCAACGAUUCACAAAAGGACGCCAUCCGCUUUGCCCUCGCGUCGCGGGAGGUGGCACUCAUCCAUGGCCCUCCGGGUCUCAUCCUUCAGUUUGUCCGCCGCGACCAGCGCAUCCUCGUCUGCGGCCCCUCCAACAUCUCCGUCGACAACAUUGUCGAGCGCCUCGCCCCCCAUAAGAUCCCCAUCGUCCGCCUCGGCCACCCAGCCCGUCUCCUCCCCUCCGUUCUUGCUCACUCUCUCGAUGUUCUGACUCACACCUCCUCAGCCGGGGCCAUUGUUCAGGACGUCCGUGCCGAGAUGGAUGCCAAGCAGGCCGCCCUGAAGAAGGCUCGCACUGGCCGCGAUCGCCGCGCCAUCUAUGCGGACCUCAAGGAUCUGCGAAAAGAGUACCGCGAGCGCGAGCGCGGAUGCUUGCGCCAGCUGGUAGGUGGCAGCAAGGUCGUUUUAGCGACUCUGCACGGGGCUGGCGGCUUCCAGCUGCGGGACGAAAAGUUCGACGUCGUUAUCAUUGACGAGGCGAGCCAGGCCCUCGAAGCACAGUGCUGGGUACCGCUGCUGAGGGCGAACAAAGUUGUGUGCGCGGGCGAUCACCUGCAGUUGCCGCCGACGAUCAAGUCACUGAACUCCAAGACCAACAUGGCGAAGAAGCAAGACGAGGAAGAGGUGCCGACGGUCAAAGGCAUGACCCUUGAGACGACCCUCUUUGACAGACUUCUGUCCCUGCAUGGGCCAUCAAUCAAGAGGAUGCUUACAACGCAAUAUCGCAUGCACGAGGCUAUCAUGCAAACAGUCAAAAGAGGAAGCGCGUUUUUGAGGAGGUGGAUAGAGUUCCUGGAAGAGAAUGCCGAUCUGAGGUAUCCAGACGUCUUAGUGCUCCAGGAGGCCUGA